AUGCUCGUCAAUAUGGGCCACCUUCACGUUCACAUUCACAAGAUGGGACGAUCACGCUCAUGCCACUUCAAAGAGGACAACGGGAGAUUUAGCAUAGCUUCCGCUCUCUCUCAACAUAUCAAAGACCUCCCCGCGCCGGCGCACACAUUUGCCCCAGCCCCUUCGUCACCCGUCAAAUCCAGCUUCAUCAGGAGGAGUCCCGCGCCGGCGGCACACACGUUGGACUCUUUGUCACCCACCAGAUCCAACUUCACCAGGAGGAGCAGUAACAAGUUCCACCCAGUAAGGCCAGCCCUGCCAGCCAUCUCCACCAUGAAGUUCUGGGACAAGAUCUUCCGUCCAGCAAUGCGUGAGCUGCAGAGGCGGGAGGGCCCAUCCAUUCCUUUGCCUGAGUACAACAUCCGGCACAGAUCCAGCUGGGAAGAAGUCGAGGACUGUCUUGUCAGGGCAUGGGCGCGUUACGACGGGGAUCUGGGCCGUCGCCGAGGGAAGUUUAAGGAUCAAUGUCGCCGGGCGGUAGCAGAUUACGGCCACGUGGGAAAGCAGGCGCUGAGGUUUGGGAAGGACCUGGAAUACAUGUCGGUGGUUCUGGGGAUUGUUGAGAUACUUGUUGACGCAGCAGUCGUAGCAUCAAGAGUACGCGAAUAUGCCAGGUCGGCUCUCGAGCUUAGAGAGCUCAAAUAUCAGUUUGGCCAGAUUGAGCUCCUUAUGAUGCUCCACCCACAUGACACGAAUAUCCAGGAAGCGGCGACGGGGCUUGUAGUUCACAUCCUCGAAGCCAUUGAAGAAGGUAUUGCCUUCUUCGUCAAGCCUAAACAUCGGCGUGCCGUGGCAGCCAUAGCACAGGGUGAUAAGUAUCAGCAACGGUUUCUCAACAAGCUGGAAAGCGUCAAAGUGAGCUGCGAGCGUCUCAGGGACAACGGGCAGCUAUCCAGCACGUACUUCAUGAUCCAUGCUUUCAAGAAGCUUCUCGAAGAUCAAGCAGCGAACAGAGGCACGCAGGGCGCAUAUGGACAUCAGGCACAACAACAGAUGGUCACUCUUGAAGUUCCUUGUCCUAGAACCAGUCACCUAGAAUUACUCGCCCAGAGACUGGAGGGUGGCCUUGACCGUCUCGAGACAUUCGGCCACAAGCUCGAAUCUGGAGUGUUGCGAGCCCUGUGCAGCAUUUCGUCGAGUGUCCCUCAUGUGCAUGACGUGGAUAGUCAGCAUCAACUCAGCCUGGAGCAAGAGUUGGAAGGACAUGACCACAUCAUCCGCGUGCUUUCGAAAGUGAAGAUGCUGGAGGAUGAAUCUGAUGACGAGGCCGAGGAAGCGUUCUCGGACUGA